AUGUCUGAUCAAGAUGAUUUCAUGUGCGACGAUGAUGAGGAUUAUGAUCUGGAAUACUCUGAAGACUCCAAUUCAGAGCCUGAUGUUGACUUGGAGAAUCAGUACUACAACUCAAAGUCGCUGAAGGCGGACAAUCCGCAGAAAGCGCUGGAGAGCUUUCAGAAGGUGCUGGACAUUGAAAAUGGCGAAAAGGGAGAGUGGGGCUUCAAGGCUCUCAAACAGAUGAUCAAAAUCAAUUUCAAACUGCAAAAUUUUAAUGAAAUGAUGAACCGCUACAAAGUAUUUCUCACCUACAUCAAGUCGGCUGUCACCCGAAACUACUCGGAAAAGUCGAUCAACUCGAUUCUCGAUUACAUCUCCACUUCUAAAAACAUGGAGCUACUGCAGAACUUUUACGAAACUACGCUUGAAGCGUUGAAAGACGCCAAAAACGAGCGCCUAUGGUUCAAGACAAACAUCAAGUUGGGCAAAUUGUACUUUGAUGUUCAAGACUACAAGAAGCUGUCCAAAAUACUGAAGCAGCUGCACCUCUCCUGUCAGAAUGAAGAUGGCUCAGAUGAUCUGAAGAAGGGAACGCAACUGUUGGAGAUUUACGCCCUUGAAAUUCAAAUGUACACCGCACAGAAGAACAACAAAAAGCUAAAGAAACUGUACGAAAAGUCCCUUCACAUCAAGUCAGCAAUCCCUCAUCCGCUAAUCAUGGGUGUCAUUCGAGAAUGUGGUGGAAAGAUGCACUUGCGUGAAGCAGUGUACGAAAAGGCGCACACUGACUUCUUCGAGGCCUUCAAAAACUACGAUGAAUCUGGCUCACCUCGGCGUACUACCUGUCUGAAGUAUCUGGUGCUGGCGAACAUGUUGAUGAAGUCGGACAUUAAUCCGUUUGACUCUCAAGAGGCAAAGCCGUACAAAAAUGAUAAGCAAAUUCUGGCCAUGACCAAUCUGGUGAACGCCUACCAGAACAAUGAUAUUAACGAAUUUGAGAAGAUUCUCCGUGAAAAUCGCCGCACCAUAAUGGACGAUCCGUUCAUCAAGGAGCACAUUGAAGAUCUACUCUCCAACAUUCGCACCCAGGUUCUGAUCAAGCUCAUCAAGCCGUACACUCGCAUUCAGAUUCCGUUCAUCUCCAAAGAGCUCAACAUUGACGUGUCUGACGUGGAAAGCCUUCUGGUGUCCUGCAUUCUUGACAAAGCCAUUCAAGGUCGCAUUGACCAGGUGAACCAAGUGCUCGUCUUGGACGCCGAGUCGUCCACCCAGCGGUACACUGCGCUGGACACGUGGCGAAAUCGUCUGUCGAACUUGCAAUCCAUAAUUGUCGCCAAGAUUUAG